UAUGACUGUGGUUUGGGGGAAGACUGCCGCUCUCAUGAAGUAAAUAAUCACUGAAUAUUCAGUGUCAGAUACAAGACAGAAGGAACACCGACUUACUGUAAUGGGGGCACUUUUUAUGGAUUAUAAUCUGGCCAAUCAAAUCCUGCCCGGUAACAAACUACUGAGGAUCAAAGGAAGUCUUACAUUUUAGACAAACUAUCAUUAGGAAACAUGGUGGGAUUUAAACCCUCAGAUGUUCCCCCCCCACUGGAGGUGAAGAUGGCGAGUGCUGGGGCUGCAGCAUGUGUUGCUGACCUUUUCACAUUUCCCCUGGACACAGCCAAAGUCAGACUCCAGAUUCAGGGAGAGAUGAAGGGAGUGGAGGGCAUCCGCUACAAAGGGGUGUUUGGGACCAUCACCACCAUGAUCCGAACAGAGGGGCCCAGGUCUCUGUACAACGGGCUGGUAGCGGGGCUGCAGAGACAAGUGUGCUUCGCCUCCAUCAGAAUCGGCCUCUACGACAAUGUCAGAGAUUUCUACACCGGUGGCAAAGACAACCCCAGUAUACUGGUACGAAUCCUGGCUGGCUGCACCACAGGCGCCAUGGCGGUGUCUUUUGCACAGCCCACUGACGUCGUCAAGGUUCGAUUCCAAGCCCAGGUGACCCUGAGCGGUGUGGCUCGUCGGUACAGCGGCACCAUGCAGGCCUACAAACACAUCUUCCAGAAUGAGGGCAUACGUGGACUCUGGAAAGGCACACUACCUAACAUCACAAGAAAUGCACUUGUCAACUGCACAGAGCUGGUGACAUACGACCUGAUCAAGGAGGCCAUCCUCAAACACAAACUGCUGACAGACACUCUUCCGUGCCACCUUGUGUCGGCGUUCGGCGCCGGCUUCGUCACCACGGUGAUCGCUUCCCCAGUCGAUGUGGUGAAAACUAGAUACAUGAACUCUCCACCUGGCCAGUACAAGAGUGCCAUCAACUGUGCCUGGACCAUGAUGACUAAAGAGGGGCCAACGGCGUUCUACAAAGGAUUUGUGCCCUCGUUUCUGAGGUUGGGAUCGUGGAACAUUGUGAUGUUUGUCUCAUUCGAACAAAUCAAGAGAGCCAUGAUGGUCACGAAGAAGUCGAUUGAGGACAGAAAAUAAGAUUUGACAGUUUGACUGAGAAAUUUGAACCACCGCUGAAGAAAUAUCAAUUCACAUUUGAGUUUUUGUCUUUUUGUCUUCUGGUGACAAAGAAAAUCCUUUGUUGAAGAAGGAAUAUCGGAGUUGAAUGUACCUUGUAUUUGUGUUCAUGUUGACAUUGAAAUGCAGUUCUAUCUUUAUAUUUAUCAUUUUUCAUGAGCCCAUUUGAAAUUGAAUGGGAGUGAAUGGUGGAACACUCGGUGGUGACAACACACUUUUGGGAAGUUGAAUCUGCACUUUAAGAUCUGUGAAUCUAAAUCUGCCAAUCACAGUGUAUGCAGCUUACAGCAAUGCACCGUGACAUAAUACUGGUGCCCAAAGUAAAAUAUUAAACAGGUUUAUGUGAACUCUAAAUACUA